AUGUGUAUUAUACAAAAUAAAAAUCAAAAAAAAUGUUACUGUAUACUAAUCAAAAGUUUAUUAAUAGAAACUGCUGCACUACGUCACGAAGUUGCCAAAAUUCAAGAAAAAAUAAAAAUUGUGAAAGAAGAAAGAAAAUGUUUACGACGUAAACUUUCAGAAUAUAAAAAAAAGGCAGAUAAGAUUAUUUCUUAUUACUCACAGAAACCAUUGAAUAUAUCAAAUGAGCCAAGAACAAAAUCCAAGAAAAGACGUAGUACUGAAGAAGUUAUAAAGAAUGCA